UUGAUAUUUUUUCGAGUGUCACAAACACAAAAGAGAGAUAAUAUUUCUAAAAUUGGUAUUUCUUUCCAGUGUCACAAACACAAAAGAGAUAGAAUAUUUCUAGAAAAAUCUGUGAAAAAGGAGUAUUUUAUAUAUAAAAAAUUGUAGUAUAUUCUUCAUUCAUGUCAUAUAUAGCAUCAAUACUAUAGCAUCAAUAGAAUACAAAUAUGUUCCACAACAUCUUGUGCUUAUUACAUUCGUUUGGAAAAAAUGUUCACAACAAUAUCUUUUAUCUCUGGAUAGUAGUGGAUACCACUUAAUGAUUAGUUAAUUAAGACAGCUGGGUAUACUGGCAAAUCAUGUAAUUAAUAUAUUCAUGGAAUUAACUUUUCAUAUGGAUUUGAAUUAUGUCAUUGUUGAUAGCUCUUGCCAAAAUAACGACAAAGAAAAAAUAGCAAAUUAAUUCUUGCCGACUAACCAGCGUACCUAGCUACGUAUGUAUGUCUAGCAACUGCCUAAAACCAAUACGACUAUUUUUAGUAAUCCCCUUCUUCUGGAUUUACAAAAGAUAAUUAUUAAUUACAAUGCAUGCAUACCUAGUAUGUUAGUCACCAACAGAAUGAACGAACGAACGAAGCCGACAUAUUUGCUCUCUAACGUAUUUAGUUUUAUUCUGUCUUCUGUCACUAUCUAUAUUCCAUAUAUGUAAUGUAUCUCUAUGUAAGCUUCAAAGGUCGCCGACUUUUGACGUGCAAACAUAAUCAGAUAGAGAGCAGAUUAACUUCUGCAAACAGAUGUAAAACUUUUGGUUUACAUUUGUCAAUUUUAUUUCAACUAUCAAAAAACUUUUGCUAGUACACAAACUUACGUAUCCUCACUCCUCAGGUCUCGUUGUUGCAUAGUACUCUUUUAAAACUAUGGCCACCUGAAUUCCAUUACAUUUCUUAAGAAAUAGUUAGAAUCUAUAACUAAGUUCCGAAUUAGAUAUAGGUAACAAAAAGCUAGGAAGUGACGUGUUAGUUGUAAAAUACUAAUGGUUUAUAGCAAAACUAUGAAUGUAUUUUGGCAGCAUUAGAGUUUGGCAGUCAACAUCUUAUGGACAACAGCUUGUUUCCUACUUUUAUAUUUAUUAUUCUCUCAAUUUUUAUAACAUUUUUAAAAUGUUCUUUUAUUUCAUUUGUUUGUCGUAUUAUUAGGGUUUCAAUUUCACCAUCUCACCUGUCCCUUUCUUCUUUAUUAUUCUUUGUCACUUCCUCUAACCUUUUAUCUCUUUUCCAUCGUUCUUCCCCCUCAAAUUUGUUUUAUUCAUUUAUCACUACAUCUUAUUUAAUAAUUAACUUUUGUUUUUAUAGAUGAAGUACAUAGCAAAGUAGAUAGAUCAUGGAUGCAGCACUUAUUAAUUACGAUGACUACUAUGUAUCGUUAUCAUCAUCCAUGGGCCUCACUCAUGUCUUUGUAUUCUCUCGGAUGUCCUAGUGCAUUUGCUUUGCGGUUCUUUUGUUCAUCAACCUGUUUUGUAAAACUGUAAACAUAGACUAAAUCCAAUUAGUCCUCACAACAAGAGUCACAUCUUGAACUAAUUAUCAUAUGAACACAAUCCAACGAUAAUUAAUUAGACAGCAUUUGUCCAAAAUCAUUCAUAGCAUAAAACUAUGCAGUUAUUAUACCCUUUUUUUCUUAACAUUCUUAUCAAAACAUUUAUAAUUAGUAAGAAACAAAACUAAUACCAUCACAAAGCUUUCGCAUAUGGGUAUAUUUUGCUUCAGAAAAGGAGUAUUAUAUCAACUUCGUUACAUUAUGAAGUUUCUCGUAUUAAUAACACAUAUUGGACCAUGGAGAGAAAAUAAAACUUAUUAGGCCUACAGGUAAAGUAUAUGGGCUUAUUCAUGUAGUACUCAAGUCUUUUAAGGAAGAUUUGGACCAAUUUGGUCAAAGAGUCAGCUUAUCCUACGGCUUCAGAUGCUUUAAUCUAACGGCUCUAAAUAAAACAAAUAAUUCCCAAAAAAGCAAUAAUGACUUUUCUGCUUCUCCCUCCAUUUUUAGCAAACACCAUCACUCUCGAUUUCAUAAUUUCUCAUCUAAAAUAUUUGCAGGUUUUCUCUAUCGUCAAGCUCAAAAAAAUCCAAUCUUGAAGCUGUUGAAAGGAGGUAAAGUACGUGAUGGAAGCAGAUUCUUCCAAUCUAUCUCGAGAAGUCACGCCGGAGCAGGAUCCGGCGCCAGCGACGGAACGAGAUGAACACCAGACUAGAAAAAGGAUUCGUGGCUCUGAUUCAAUGGUAACUGAGGGUGCUUCUUCGGGUGGGUUACAUCAACUAUUAGAUCAGCUUCAGGUAAUAUCUUCACCUGUUCUUCAGUUUACAGACAAGUGGAGAGAGAUCCACGAGGAGUAUGCUACUUUGCAAAGUUCGCUUAAGAAACAAGCCGUGAGAUUAGAUCUGAAGGAGAAGUCUUUGAUGGAAAAGGUUGUGGAGUUAGAGAAGAAAGAGGAGAUGUUAAAGGAUGUUGAAGAGAGGGAAAGGAAGAUUGGUUUGCUUGAAAAUUCAUUAGAGAAGAAAGCAAAAGAUAAUGACGAGAGGUCAGGUGAGUUAGACAAGGCUGUGAAUGAGUUUGAGCUGAAGCGAAAAGAAUGGAUUAAGCAGCUUGAAGAUAGGGAGAAGGAUCUUAGGUUACUUGAUGAUGCUAUUAAAGAGAAGGUGAGUGAUCUGGAGAAGAAACAUGAGAGGUUUGAAGCAGAACAGAUUGUAAAAGCUGAGGAGAUAGAGUUGAAGAGAAAAGAGAUGUUGGCUGAAGUGGAGAAGAAAGAGAUGAUCUUUGAAGUGGAAAUGAAAGCAAAAGCUGAAGAGAUGGAGUUAAAGAGAAGAGAGAUGUUGGCUGAAGUGGAGAAGAAAGAGAGGAUCUUUGAAGUGGAGGUGAAAGCUAAAGCUGAGGAGAUGAAGGUUAAGGAGAAGCAACUUGAAGAAAAGGAGAAAGAGCUUGACUUGAAGCAUAGAGAGCUAGAACAAGUCAUGGACAAGCUUAAAGAGAGAGAGAAGGAAACAAACUCGGCUUGUUUAGCUUCAGCUUCUGCAUUAUCUCCACAACAAAGAGACAAAGCGUGUGAAGAAGAGGAACCUGAGAGAAUAAAGAUUGUUGAUUCAGAGUUUCAUGACUUCAAGAACACAAUGAGCUCUUUCUCGGUUGACAAAAUAUGGGCGCUUUACGAUCCUCAAGAUGAAAUGCCUCGGUUAUACGCUAAGAUCAAGAGAAUCAACAAGUCCCGGCUGAGUCUCGACGUGACAUGGCUUGACCCUAAAGAUGAUGAAUCAGUUCCCAUUGCUUGUGGGAGGUUCACGCACGGGAGAAGAGAAACAGUGAGCUACUUGACGUUUUCUCACGAGCUUAAACCGAUCAUACACGGCAGGAACAUCUCGGUGAACCCCAAAAAAGGUGAAACAUGGGCUCUUUUCAAAAACCUGGGACAGCAGCACAAGCCUCCUUAUAGAUACGACUUGGUAGAAGUAGUGGUUGGCUUCAAGGAUCGUCAAGGCGUUGGAGUGGCCUACCUAGGGAAGGUUGAAGGGUUUGUAUCGGUAUUCAAACACUCUGCAAAGGAUAGAGUCGUUAAGCGCGUGAUUGCACCAGAUGAAAUGCAGAGAUUCUCUCACAGAGUUCCCUCGGUUAGACUGAGUGGAGACGAGAAAGAGGGAGUUCCUGCUGGUUCUUUUGAGCUUGACCCUGCUGCUGUUCCAAGCUACAUACUCCUUGGGGGAGAAGGAGCCUGAUGUGGUUCAAGUUGGCUUUGCAGAAGACGUACCUUGUGUUUAGUGACUCUGAUGUUUAGUUCUUGUAGUAAGUAGAAGUAUCUAUGAGUGUCAGAAGAUGGAUUUUGUUAGUGGCAAUGCAAACAAACAACAAUAUGAAAAUAGUAUGGUUCUGGUUACACAUAAAUGAAUCCAUUAGAGUGUUGGUUUACAAUGGUUUA